UUGCUCAGAGUAGGUGAAUUGAGGACCAGAGGACAUAGGUAUAAGGUGAAGGGGAAAAAAUUGAAUAGGAAUCUGAGGGAUAACCUUUUCACACAAAGGGUGGUGGGUGCAUGGAACAAGCUGCCAGAGGAGGUCGUUGAGGCUGGGAACUAUCCCAACAUUUAAGAACCAGUUAGACAGGUACAUGGAGAGGACAGGUUUGGAGAGAUAUGGACCAAACCCGGGCAUGUGGGACUCGUGUCGCUGGGACAUGUUGGCUGGUGUGAGCAAGUUGGGCUGAAGGGCCUGUGUCCACGCUGUGUCACUCUAUGACUCUAUCUCUGAUGCAUAAACAGUCAAUGCCAGCAUUCUCUAGAUUAUUGGUAACUCUAAAGAAAUGUUUACGAAUGUAAUGAGAUAAUCAACUACGCGAGAAUAAACCCUGGUCAUCUAUAAGUCCCUCCAUGGACUGUUGACAGAUUUGAGGAGGAAGAGCGAAGAGAAAGAAUGAGAUCAAGGAAGAUACGAAUGAAUCACCCAAAGGUCCAUUUGAACAAUCAUCAACAGAAUUCUGCUUAGUGUGGUCAGAGGGUGAUUGUGCUUUCAAAUAUUGACAAUCACCCAUGUUGUUUCUUCUUGAGUCAAGAGAAAAGUGAUCAUCAGCAGCAUUUUUCAGAAUGACCAUUUUUUGGGACAAGGUCAACUGGAUUUCCCAAUCAGACCUAGAAUCCACAAAAUGAACUUCAUUGCACUGAUUGAACUUGUGCGAAAUCAAACACACUGAGGAGAUUAUUUUGGAAAGGUCUGGAACCUUAUAUUUACUGCAAUCAUUCAGUUAAAAGUGGAAUUCAUUUCUACUGUCCCAAGAUACCAAAGGUUGUAAGGAAUGUUUGUCUGUAAUUUUCCCUCCUGUGUAUAUUUGUUUUCUUGGGAUUGAAUGUGUGACUGAUGCGCUCUUGCCUUUAAGUACCAUGAAUUGUUUAGUCACGUUAGUGACAUGCAUUCAACUUUAUAACUCUCACGUCCUUGCUUUUCGUCGAGUGGUCGCCUUUUCCGCAAUUCCCUGUGAUGCGGCGGGAGCAGUGAAAGCGGCCGACCUUGGGAUUCAUCACAUCAACAGCGUUCGGAGAGAGGGAUACAAGUACAGCCUGAAUACGGUCACAAAUGCCCAGGAAAACCAAGAGCAAAAUGAUUUCAUUUAUUAUUUGGAGUUUGAGGUCUUUGAAACCAGAUGUCAUGUCAGGAGCCCAAAACCGCUGAAAAGAUGUGAAAUACAAUCAUUUAACUUGACGAAAGCAUUUGGCAAAUGUAAAAUCAUCAUUCACGUCUCAAAAGGCUUCCCGAAUGUGAAGGAUUAUCAUUGUUCUCAAUAUCCAGCUUCAGUGGGAAAUCCAUGCCAGGGAUGCCUUUACACAUUUCAACCAUUAAAGAGUGGAGAUAUGGACCAUGCUGUUAAUAUUGCUAUUCAAAAAUAUAACAGCAAGAGCAAAGAUAUUAGUUACUUUUCCCUUUAUAAUAUCACAAAGAUUUUACCAAGGUCUGAAUCAAGCCAAAUGAUAUCAGUGGAAUUCAUUAUUCAAGAAACUAACUGCUUCAAAAACAAUUUAAUGGUAGUAUUUUCAUCUUGUGUUCCAAAGCGCCAUAAAUUUGCACAUUUGGGGAUCUGCACUGUGUCUUUUGUACCAGAGAGUCCUGUCCAUGAUGUUGCUGAAGUGACCUGUGAGAUUUAUGCAACAAAGGGUGUCACAGUCCAGAGUUUAAGUGGGCAAGAGGAGCCACUUGAGGACAACUAUCAAGAUGAAGAACAAAAGUUUAUACCCAAGUUCAAAAGAUCAAUUUCAAGAUCCAAAGAUCAGAGGAUGAAACAAACAGGAAUGAGUAAAGAGUGCAGGGGGAUAGUUUCAUCUUCUUCAGAGUCAUCAGAGGAACAAAAUAUAUGCAGCCAUCGUGUGCCUCUCAAGCAGCCAAGUACUCACAGAUUUCCAAGUCUCCCUCCGCAUGCACUCACCUGUCCUGGUCAACCCCGAUAUAUUGCUCGGAAAAACUGAACAGGUAAGAGAAGAGAAUGAGUCAAGUUCAUUUUUUUCAUUCACUGCAACUUGGGUAGAGCACAAGCUCUUAUUAUAGAUCGGGGCACACGGUUCUCACGACUUUCAAUUCAGCUGGAGUACCAGCUCCUGCCAUCUUUUUCAAGCGUGAGCAUGCUUUAAAUCUGUGUAUUUAAUAUUGUCCAUUUCUGCAAAUUUUAAUAUGCCAAAUAAUCUGUAUUAAUUUUCUUAAAUAUCUUUUUGUCUUUGAGUGUUGUUAACCUUUAGUGACAAAUUAUUAGCUGUCAUUUGUUUGUAUAGAUGAGCAUGCUUUUCGAAAGGGCUCUUGAAAUAAAAUGUGAUGUAACUGGGCACAUUCCUUCUCAGUUUUCAUUCAUCUCUUUUUUUCAACUGUGCCAGACAGAUUAUUUGCCAUUAGCAAGUCUUGUCCUCACUGCCCUCUCCCAUCCCACAGCACCACUUGUGUCAUUUAGUCUUUCCUGGUCUCCACCUGUAGAUUGGUUAUUGCAUGUGAAACAAUCAGAGUAAUGUACUACCACUAACUCCACCCUACUGAACACCUCACAUUAACACUCACUUCCUAUAUUACGUAGUUGCACUAGUGGUAGAGUGGAACUAACAUGUAAUGUACUGUGACACUACGACUGAUGAUUAAAGCUGACUUGUACACCAUACAGUGACCGUGCACUUGUUUACAUGGUGUCAGAAAGCUGGAAACUACCCACUCCAUCUGUUUAUCGGGGUUUAUUUGUGUUUUAUCAAUUUGAUCUUUUGCUACGAUGGCUCACUAGUGCUGAAAGCCAGCCCAACUAGUCUUUGAUAGGCAUAGGCGAGUGAUGGAGGCUCUUUGAGAUCAACUACAAGCACUACAUCAAUAUCGUCCACCGCAACAACCCAGAUGAGGUCAAGGCAUCUCUCUUGCUCAAACUGGCUGGACCAGAGGCCAUGAUUUGCAAGCAGACCGUCGACUUUGCGCCACCUGUACUAGACGUUAAUGGCCAGAUGCUGGUCCCAGCUGUGACGAGGCGCAACCCAAAUGUGCUGCUACGAAAAUUCUGUGAGUUAUGUGACAUACCAUCUAACCGUAUUCUAGAAAGAGCUAGGUUUUUUGC